CACGCUAGCGUCAUCGGCGGGACGGCGGCUGCGCGGCCGGGAGCGAGGCCUGGGGAAGGAAUGUGUUUCUGAUCAUCUGAAUUUCAGUCAUGUCAUACCACUUGCAAAAUUUCCUAAAAAUUACAAGCCAUCAUCUUCUGUAUUCAAGAUUAUGCCAGCAGUUAAGAAGUAAAAGGUUUUUCGGAACUGUACCAACAACAGCCAGUUUGCGAAGGCGGGUUGUCAUUACAGGCAUUGGCUUGGUGACUCCUCUUGGUAUGGGAACUCAACUGGUAUGGGAUCGUCUUAUCCGAGGAGAAAGUGGAAUCGUUUCAUUGGUUGGUGAAGAGUAUAAGAGUAUUCCUUGCACUGUUGCUGCUUACGUGCCAAGAGGUUGUGAUGAAGGUCAGUUCAAUGAACAGAACUUUGUGUCCAAAUCAGAUAUCAAGUCCAUGUCUUCUCCCACCAUCAUGGCCAUUGGUGCUGCGGAGUUAGCUCUGGAAGACUCAGGCUGGUGUCCUCAGUCAGAAGCUGAUCAAGUGGCUACUGGUGUUGCAAUUGGCAUGGGAAUGGUUCCUCUUGAAGUUGUUUCAGAAACUGCUUUGAUGUUUCAGACAAAAGGCUACAAUAAAGUCAGCCCAUUCUUUGUCCCUAAAAUUCUGGUCAAUAUGGCAGCGGGCCAGGUCAGCAUUCGGUAUAAGCUCAAGGGCCCCAAUCAUGCCGUCUCCACAGCCUGCACCACGGGAGCUCAUGCUGUGGGAGAUUCUUUUAGAUUGAUAGCCCAUGGUGAUGCUGAUGUGAUGGUGGCUGGAGGCACAGAUUCUUGCAUCAGCCCUUUAUCUCUAGCUGGGUUUUCCAGAGCCCGGGCUCUGAGCAUGAACUCGGAUCCCAAGUUAGCCUGUCGACCGUUUCAUCCAGAGAGAGAUGGAUUUGUGAUGGGAGAAGGUGCCGCUGUGCUCGUGCUGGAGGAACAUGGACAUGCUGUUCAAAGAGGGGCCCGGAUUUAUGCAGAAAUUUUGGGCUAUGGACUGUCAGGUGAUGCCACUCACAUAACCGCCCCGGAUCCUGGAGGAGAAGGUGCCUUAAGGUGCAUGGCUGCUGCUGUAAGAGAUGCAGGUGUACGACCUGAAGAGAUAUCCUACGUCAACGCCCAUGCUACUUCCACGCCUUUGGGAGAUGCUGCGGAGAACAAAGCUAUCAAACGUCUUUUCAGAGACCACGCUUAUGCCCUUGCAGUGUCUUCAACUAAAGGGGCCACCGGACACCUGCUGGGAGCUGCCGGGGCGGUUGAGGUGGCUUUUACUGCGCUGGCUUGUUAUUAUCGAAAACUGCCACCUACUUUAAAUCUCGAUUGUACAGAACCAGAAUUUGAUCUCAAUUAUGUUCCACUAAAGACACAGGAAUGGAACACUGAGAAAAGAUGUAUUGGGCUUACCAAUUCCUUUGGUUUUGGUGGUACUAACGCAACGCUUUGUAUUGCUGGCAUGUAGAACAGCUCAUUUGUAAUUAACCAUUUAUUUUUUAAGGUUUUCAAUUAAUAAAAUAUUUUAGGUGAGGAAAUAAUGUGUAUUUGUAUAAAUAUAUGUCAAUGCCCAGGUAUAUUAUCUGUUUCAGGGUUUCUCAGCCUUGACACUAUUGUCAGUUUGGGCUAGAUAAUUCUUUGUUCAGGGGGUGGAGGGAGAGAGGUCUGUACAGUGCUUUGUAAGAUAUUUAGCAGUAUCCCCAGCCUGUACCCACUAGAUUCCAGUAACACAUCUCCAGUUGUGGCAAUAAAAAACAUUUCUAGACUUUGAAAAAUGUCCCCUGGGGGGCAAAAGCAGGUGUGAACCACUGAUCUAUGUUUUUCUUGUACUAUAGGUCAAACAGGAGCCCCUGGGUGGCGCCAGUGGUGAAGCUUUUGAUUCCUAGCAGAAAGGGUGGUGGUUCGAACCCACCCAGAGGCACUUCAAAAGACAAGCCUGGUGACCUGCUUCCGAAAAGUCACUGCCUUGAAAACCCUAUGGAGCACAUAUGCGGUCACCAUGCGUUGGAGUCAAUUCGAUGGCAACUAACAACAAAUAGGUCAAACAACUCUCUAUGAAUACUUUUUGUUCCUUUCACUAGUAUUCAUUUAUUGAGUAGCUAGUCUGUGCUAGGCAGGGCUGUUGCGUUGCAUUCAUGUAGGCACGUCAUUCACUUAUGUUAUGCAGGGAGAUAAUACAAUAUAACCGUUUGCAUCAAUGAUCAACAUUCUUUGUGUAUAGCUGUUUAGGAAGCACUGGAUUUAUGUACCUAUGCCAUGAUCCAGCCCUUUUCAUGUUAUUUAUACUGCUCUUUAGUAAAUUAAUGGAAUUUUCCUAAACUCCCAAGCCACCAGCUCUUUGAAACAAGGAAGUGAAAAUAGUUUGGCAUUACUUUUUAUGUUUAUGGCUAUGUCUCAGUCAUGUAGUGCUGCUGUAACAGGAAUACCACAAGUGGGUGGCUUUAAAAAACAAAUUUAUUCUCUCACUGCCUAGGAGGCUAGAAGUCUGAAUUCAGGAUGCCAGUUCCAGGCGAAAGCUUUCUCUUUCUAUUGGCUCUGGGGGAAGGUCCUUAUGAAUCUUCCCUGGUCUAGGAGCGUCUCAGCCCAGGGACCCCAGGUCCAAAGGACACACUCCACUCUUGCUUGGUGGUAUCAGGUCCCCUCUCCUCUCUGUUCAACUCUCUCUUUUAUAUCUCAAAAGAGAUUGACUCAAAAUACAACCUAAUCCUGUAGAAUGAGUCCUGCCUCAUUAACAUACCAUCAAACCCACUGCCGUCGAGUUGAUUGCAACUUAUAGCGACCCCAUAGGACAGAGUAGAACUACCCCAUAGAGUUUCCAAGGAGCGCCUGGCGGAUUCGAACUGCCGACCUUUUGGUUAGCAGCCGUAGCACUUAACCACUGUGCCACCAGGGUUUCCCCAUAUUAACGUAACUGGCUCUAAUCCUGCCUCAUUAACACUAUACAAGUUAGGGUUUACAAUAUAGGAUAAUCACGUCAGGUCACAAAUGGUGGACAACCACUCAAUACUGGGAAUCGUGGCCUAGACAAGUUGACACACAUUUUUAGGGGCAUGCAAUUCAGUCCAUAACCAGUGGAAACCUAGAGAUUCAUGCAGAAAAAAGUUUUUGGGAAGUGGAGCAGAAAUGGCUGGUGACUCGAUCCACAUCUGCCUGGCCCAACCAUACUGCAGUUAUUGUAAACAGUUUUUGUGUGUGCUUCCAGCAUCCUACCGUGAGUGCUGGUGGUUCUACUUUCCCACCUGCUUUCUCUAAAGUAAAGAGACUUCACCCUCAGCAGGCUGGAAGUGUUGUGAGGAGUAGAGGGGUACGUUCCCCAGAGACAGCACUCAACCAAGAAGGGAUGGGAUUUGGUGGAUAAAUGCCUCGGCGUCCUUUCAGAGGGAUAUUGGAGGUUCUACACAGCCUCGGAAACCCUGUGGAGCAGUUCUACUCUGUCCUGUAGUGUCGCUAUGAGUCUGAAUCACCUCGACGCAGUGGGUUUACACAGUUCCUCAGAGGGUCCCCAGUGAGAUGGAGCUUCACUUGUCCACAGCAGUAACCAGCUCAAACAUUCUCUUUACUGGCUUUUCCUCUCUGUCUCCCUUCCCUGAUUUUUAAUUGUGGUCCCAGGAAUCACCUCUCAAAUAAACCUCAUUGUCCCAGGCUCUGCUUUCUGGGGACUCAAACUGAGGCAGGAAGUUGUAACGGGGGUUAAUAUAUCAAAAUGAUAAAGUGAAUAAGAGGAUAAACAAACAGGAUGUGUAUCUGAAAAAGUGAAAAGGGUUCCCCACAUUUUAAUAGGCAUGAAAAUAUUGUCUAGCCACUGAUUUGAUUAUAGCACUUUAUUUCCUAUACCGCUAAGACUCUAGCCAUGUGUUCACAUAACUAAGUUGUGUGCUGUGGAGUCGAUUCUGACUCAUAGUGACCCUACAGGACAGGACAGAACUGCCCUGUAGGGUUUCCUAGGCUGUAAUCUUCAUGCAGGCAGAUCACCAGGUCUUUUUUCACACAGAGUGACUGAUAGGUUCAAACUGCAGACCUCUCAGUUAGCAGCCAAGUAUUUAACCUUUGCGCCACCAGGGCUCCUUUCACAAAACUAUUAAAAAAAAAAACAAAAACUGUUGCUGUUGAAAUCUAUUCCAACUCCUAACAACCCUAUAGAGCAGAGUAGAACUGCUCCAUAGGGCUUCCAGGGCUGUAAUCUUUACAGAAGCAGACUGCCACAUCUUUCUCUUGCAGAGUAGCUGGUGGGUUCGAACCGCGAAACUUUCAGUUUGCAGCUGAGCGCUUUAACCACCGUGCCACCAGCGCUCCCUCACUUAACCAUAAUCAGCUUUAAUUCUCCUUGGCAACCAUUCAUUUGUUUAACUGAAAUGUGUUGGGUGCCAACUCUGGGCCUGGUUUUAUUCUGGUCACCAUGGAUAACGUGUCAGGGGAAGACUUCCUAAAGAAAGCUGAGGCCCUAAGGGUAAACAGAUCUCAGCUAGAUUAAGGCAGAAGGAAGGAAAGAGUGUUUCAGCCAGAGGGCAAUAGAAUGUGGUGAGGUCUGGACUCUGGAUGUCAUGUUACCGGAAUAAGGGUUCUUUCACGUUUCUUGCCUCUCGCUGGUCAAGAAUGAGCAGGUAAGGCACAUAGUUUUCCACACGAGCAAAGCUUUAUUGAAGAGGCUUGCAAGCGGAGACAAGGAGGGCCUAGAGCAACGCAUAUCCCAGUCUCACAGAACAAAAGAGGGGCCUUUUAAAAACAAAAGAGUUUUUAAAAGUUCUUGGGCUGGGAAAAGAUUCAUGUUUAUUCAUAGACAGACGGGGAUAUGUUACCUAAGGUGCGCGCACAGCAGCUUUCCAAGAUGGCUCCUGUCCCAGAGGCCUCUGGGAUUCGUAGCAGGGCUUAUUAUGGGGUGCCUGCCUGCGCAGUCUCUGGGCUCCUGCUGCAGCCCCUCACUGCCCCUGGUGGAAGGCCACACAGCGGUCACAGGUGGGUGUUCUGUGCAUGUCCCUAGGCCUGGUUUUCUCGAGCUGCUUCUGAAGAGCAACUGUAAAGAAUUUUGUUAUUAAAGAAGUUGGCUAUUUUUAGAUACUUCGCUGCAUUGUUCUGGAGAAUGGCUUUAUUUCUGCGCCCUGGCCCAUUUCUUGAUACUUGUUUGCAGAGUUGGGGGCCCCUCAGUUCCUUGUCUUAAUAAGUCCCUAUGUUCCAUACCCAACCCCCUAUUACCUCCCUGAUAGUCUUCUUUUUCUUUUACUUGAUUCUCCUCUAACUACACCAGUCUCUUUGCUAUUUCUCCAACAGGCACCCUCAGAUCUCAGGGCCUUUGCUCCCUAUCUUAGAGAAAGCACUUGUACUAAACAUAAAUGCAUAUACUUGAGGUGGAGGGAGUAGGAGACAGACCCUGAAAAUCUGGUGGAGGUUGCAAAGAACCUGACAAGUUUUGUUGAGGAAUGAAGAGUGAUGGAAAGCCAUUUAAGGUUUGAGGUGGUGAGAUGGCUUUGCAAUGCAUCAAUUUGUCUAGGCUGAACUACAUUUCCCUUAAUUCUUUUCAUUAUGUUUCUGGUUAGGGUGGGUCACAAGAGUUUUUUUUUUUAAUAAUUUUUAUUGUGCUUUAAGUGAAAGUUUACAAAUCAAGUCAGUCUCUCACAUAUAAGCUUAUAUACACCUUACUCCAUACUCCCACUUACUCUCUCCCUGAGUCAGCCCGCUUCCUCCUUCCAGUCUCUCCUUUCGUGACGGUUUUGCCAGUUUCUAACCCUCUCUACCCUCCUAUCUCCCCUCCAGACAGGAGAUGUCAUCACAGUCUCAAGUGUCCACCUGAUACAAGUAGCUCACUCUUCCUCAGCAUCUCUGUCCAACCCAUUGUCCAGUCCCUUCCAUGCCUGAUGAGUUGUCUUCAGGAAUGGUUCCUGUCCUGAGCCAACAGAAGGUUUGGGGACCAUGACCACUGGGAUUCCUCUAGUCUCAGUCAGACCAUUAAGUCUGGUCUUUUUGUGAGAAUUUGGGGUCUGCAUCCUACUGCUCUCCUGCUCCCUCAGGGGUUCUCUGUUGUGUUCCCUGUCAGGGCAGUCAUCGGUUGUGGCCGGGCACCAUCUAGUUCUUCUGGUCUCAGGAUGAUGUAAGUCUCUGGUUUAUGUGGCCCUUUCUGUCCACAAGAGAUUUUUAUGGGAGAUUUGGAGAGUAGAAGCGAAACGGCAGCAAUUUUGUUGUUCACGCGUAUUGCCGCUUCUCUGCCGGCUCACCUCAUUGCUGUGAGGUGGCGGCUGAGCCCGUAACUGCUUCAUCGGCCUCUGGAUCUCCUUCAGUUUGUGACUGUGUGGCAGGUGUGUGCUCGGCUCCGUAAUGACGAAGGGCCCAGCUUCUAGCCCCACGCCACCAAGGUUGGUGGCAAUAAGAGCUGACAGGUUUAGUUCAUCGUUCUAGCGUGCUACUGGAACUUUACAUCCAUCUUCCCUUCUCGACUGCCUGCUCUGUGGACUUCAAACUCCAGCAUCAGAAGAUAACAGGUGAACUUAACAGCCUUUAAACCGAACCAAACCUCUUGCCAUCGAGUCGAUUCUGCCUCACAGGGACCCUACAGAACACAGUAGAACUGCCCCAUGGGGUUUCCAAGGAACAGCUGGUGGAUUUGAACUGCCGAAUUGUUUGGUUAGCAGCCGAGCUCUUAAGCACUGGGCCACCAGAGCUCCAAUAAUAGCCUUACAGAGACCAUUUAACCAGCUUUCACAGCUACGUAAGGUCAGAUUCGUAUAACAAAUAUCUAUCAAUCAUCUCUGUUAACUGUCAUUAUCUGUCUUAAUGGUGCUGUUUCUCUUACUGAAGUGGUUCUGUUUCUCUGAUUGAACCCUGAAUGACGCAAAUGAAAACGAAUGGGAGUUCCUGGGGAGGGACAUAAUGACGUUUUAUUUUAGAUGCACCUAUUUUAAGUAUACACUUCAAUGAAUCUUGGAAAAUGUAUACACAUGCAACGCAACCACCACCUGGCUCCGAAUAACAUUUCCAUCAUCCCCAAAAUUCUCUCGUGCCUCUUUACAGUAAAUCCCUCCAGCCCUAGACAAUUGCUGAAUAAUUUUCCAUCACACUAGAUAAGAUUUGCCUUUUCUAGAACUUUGUAUAAACAGAGUCAUACAGGAUACUCUCUU